AAUGCCUGAACCCGCAAAGUCCGCGCCCAAGAAGGGCUCCAAGAAAGCCGUGACCAAGACGGCCAGCAAGGGAGGAAAGAAGAGGAGAAAGACCAGGAAGGAGAGCUACGCCAUCUAUGUCUACAAGGUGUUGAAGCAGGUCCACCCCGACACCGGCAUCUCCUCCAAGGCCAUGAGCAUCAUGAACUCGUUUGUUAACGACAUCUUUGAGCGCAUCGCCGCUGAGGCGUCUCGUCUGGCUCACUACAACAAGCGCUCCACCAUCACUUCCAGGGAGAUUCAGACCGCCGUGCGUCUCCUGCUGCCCGGUGAGCUGGCCAAGCACGCCGUGUCUGAGGGCACCAAGGCUGUCACCAAGUACACCAGCUCCAAGUAAACUGCUGCUGCUGCUUCACUCUCAUCAAUCCAACGGUUCUUUUAAGAGCCACACACUUUAUCUGAAAGUGCAAACUCUUCAUCAUUUUAUAGCCACUUGAUAUAGGAGAUUAGGCUAAAGAUUUAAUUUUUAAUGGAGACU